CAUCGUGUAAAAAAAUUGGAACGAUCAUCCAUCUUCUGCCCAAUCGUUCCCUCGGCUCCGGCGGCUUCUACCAGGUAUGCCGACCGUCAAACGCCACCGGAGACUUCGUGCAGGUGGAGGGAUCACCUCCCAACCAAACCCUAGCCCUGAUCCCGAUUCCCUGAAAAUGCCCAGCAAGAGGGUGGCCUCGCCGUCGUCGCUCGACAACUCGGCCUUCAGGAUCAGGUUGUCGAGGGAUGCCUCACCGCAACCCGUUUCGGAAACGAUGCCCGUCCGUGCUGGUUGUUUCUCAUUCGCUUCUUCGUCCUUCUCUUCCAACUCUUCCAGCUUUUGCAAGCCAGGGAGGAGUUUCAGGGCCGUUACUGUUGAUCCUGUCGUGCCGGUGGAGAACGAUUCUGCUGCGGCUGAAAGCGCAGCCAAUGUUUCCGGUGUAAGUGCCAAGAGAGCUUCUGUGAGCCAUCCGAAUUCGAUUAGCAAUGUGUGCAGCGCGGGAAUGGCUCCGUUUCCGAGGUCGAUCGUCAAGAGGGGCGGCGAUGGGGGCAAUUUCGUCAAGCUGAACCUCGAUCGCGGGAAGAAGUUUCCCGGCAGGCGGUCGAAAUUCAGGAAGUUUAGGAAGAGGCGGUUUCGGAAGGGUAAUAAUGGGGAGGACGAUGCUGGCCUGGUCGGUUCAGAAGGGGAAUGUGAUUUGCAGGCGAACGAAGAGGAGAGAUGGAGUUUGGAUGGCGACUCCGAGUUGUGGAAGGCGGUGGCUGCAGCGCGAGAGGAUCAUUCGGAUCAGAACCUUAUAAAUUUGUUGAAGCUAACGCAUGGUUUUGAUUCUUUUCGUGAUGGGCAGCUCGAGGCAAUCAAGAGGGUGCUGGCUAAUGAGUCCAUGAUGCUGGUCCUGCCUACUGGCUCUGGGAAGUCAUUGUGUUAUCAAUUGCCGGCUUUGAUUUUGCCUGGAAUUGUAUUGGUCGUGAGCCCUUUGGUGUCCUUGAUGGUCGAUCAGCUUCGGCAGUUACCGCCCAUAAUCCCAGGAAGUCUCCUUUGUAGCACCCAAACUAGCAAAGAGGCAGCAGAAACAAUUGAAAAAAUCCGCUCUGGGGCUAUAAAGGUACUUUUUGUUUCACCAGAGCGACUACUGAAUGCAGAAUUCUUAUCAAUAUUUGCUUGUGAGUCGCUUGUAUCUUUUGUUGUAAUCGAUGAAGCACACUGCCUUUCUGAAUGGUCCCACAACUUCCGGCCUUCAUAUAUGAGACUUAGGGCUUCUGUCCUUUGUGAUAAGCUUAAUGUGAAAUGUUUUCUGGCAAUGACUGCAACUGCGACGUUGAAAACAUUGAACUCUAUUAUGUCUGUCCUUGAGAUUCCACCUGCCAAUCUUAUUCAAGCUUCUUGCAUCAGGAAAAACUUGCAGUUGUCUGUGAUAUCAAGCAAAAACAGAUUAAAAGACCUUCUAGCAUUAAUUAAAUCUUCACAAAUGGCAGCAAUCAGAAGCAUCAUAGUUUACUGCAAAUUUCAGUAUGAAACAGAUUUAGUCUGCAAGCUUCUUUCUGAUAAUCAGAUCAGUGCAAGGAUCUACCACAGUGGCAUCCCAGCAAAGGAUAGGAUUCUCGUGCAGAAAUUAUUUUGCUCCAACAAAAUCCAAGUGAUUGUAGCUACUGUGGCAUUUGGCAUGGGUUUGGACAAGAGUGAUGUUGGUGCUGUUAUUCAUUACAGCCUGCCAGGAAGCAUAGAGGAAUAUGUUCAGGAGAUUGGACGUGCUGGACGGGAUGGAUGUCUUGCUUUUUGUCAUAUCCUUCUAGAUGAUUCUACAUACUUAAAACUUCGCAGUCUCGCAUACAGUGAUGGUGUAGAUGAAUAUGCUGUUAACAAAUUCCUUUGUCAUAUUUUUGAUGAUGGAAGUCAUCAUCUCAAUAAAGUUCAUUCCUUGAUUGUUGAAACAUUAUCACGUAAACUGGAUAUGAAAGAGGAGGUACUGUUCAAUUUCAACUCUAUCAACUGCUUUUUCAGGGUGAUGGAUACAAUACUGACUUACCUAGAAAUAGGUGAAGUAAAGCACUUGCAACUUUUGCCACAGAUGCAUACUACUUGCAACUUAAGAUUUCACAAGACUGCACCUAGUUUGCUUGCUGUCAAGGAUGUGGUAGUUGCCAACAUUCUGAAGGGAGAAACUAAACAAGGAUAUUAUGUAUUUGACAUACCAACUUUAGCGAAUACUGUUGGGAUGACACCUCAUCAACUUGUUCAUCACAUUCAAAGGCUAAAGUCCAUGGAGGAGGUCAGCUAUGAAUUGAAGGAUUUAGCCUUUUUCUUUGAGGUUAUAAAAUUUCCUGAAGAUUUGUGCACUCUUGUGGCACAUAUCACACGAAGACUAUCUGAGGUGGAAAACUAUAAGAUUUGGAAACUAGAUGCAAUGUUCUCUCUUGCAUCUUCAGCAUUAGAGAGGUGCAAAAAAGUGGAUGAGCAUGCUGAUUCUCUUCAUAUGCAUUAUUUGCAACAAAAGAUUGUGCAAUACUUUGGGAACCGUGGUGACAAUGAAAACUUCUUGAUGAGUGGAAUUACUAAAAGCAGCCCAUAUCUACGAGCAGAUAUUAAGGUGUUCUUGCAGGCCAAUUCUCAUACGAAGUUCACUCCAAGGGCUGUAGCAAGGAUACUGCAUGGAAUUUCCAGCCCUAGUUAUCCUGCUUCUAUUUGGUCAAAAACCCAUUUCUGGGGUCGAUAUUCAGAAGUUGACUUCUUAGCAGUCAAGGAAACAGCAGCAGCUGAGCUUAUUAGUUCUAAAGGGCGAAGCAAUUCAAUACAGUGAAGCAGUUCAAUCAAUUCCACCUGGAUAUUGACUUGAAUCUACUUCCUCCCCUGCCUGCCAGCAAAUAACCAAUUCCUCCAAGUUCGAGCAAAGACUAUUCUGCGCACCAUUCUUCCUUGCGCAGUGAUUUCUGUACGGCUGGGCCCCGGGAUCAGAUUAUAGCAGUAAUGAGGACUAGUGUAACUCCACUAAUCUGGUGGCAGGCAGAUCGGAGAUUUUACAUGCCUGAGUGGUUCACCAAUGACACUCCCCUUUGGCCUGUUCCAACUAAAAUAUUUUGCUGAAGACCCAGGUUUGGCUUCAUAUGGGAUGAUUGGAUUGUUGAACAAAAAUUUACAGCACACGGUGCAUAGAAGGUUCGCGCCGCAAAGAAAUCUGCAGCGACCAUUGGUUAUUCAAGGGCUUUUCCUCUUUAGAGAAGGGUUGCCCGAGUCCGCCAAAAACAUCGUUGUAAUUUGCGUUCAAUGAAGUUCAUGAAUAAACUACUAUAUGCCUGGGUCUAUUUCUUGAGGUUAUGGAACAUAAGAAUUGAAGUCUUUUAACUCCACUUUCUAUGGUAGGAUCUCUCUGCAAGAUGCUUAUUGAGUUGUUAUAUGUCAAGUUGUAAUAAAGGUUUGUGUUGCAAAGAAAUCUGCAGCCACCAUUAGCUAUUCAAAGGGCUUUUCCUGCCGGUGUCUGCCCAAAGCAUCCGUGUAAUUUGAGUUCAAUGAAGUUCUUGAAUGAA